CGGGACAGCGGGUUGUGUUGAGACAUUCCGGACUGUACCACCUGUAGCUGUGCUGUAGGGGCGGAUCAUGUCUGACUCAGGCCACAGCCAGCCCAAUGUGUUUAUCCCUGGGCGCAACAGAAGGCGACGCUGGAUGGACCAAGGACCGCCGGGACACCUUAACCUCUCGGAACCUGGACGAGAGAAAGACCCCAUGCUCCGGGACAGAGAUCAGGAUAGAUGGGAGGGAAAUGAAGAGGGCUAUGGCUACACCAUUCAGAAAACUCCUAUCAUCCUUGCAAAGCCAACCUCCGACAGGACAAAGGCGGCAACCCCAGCGGCACCUCCUCCUAUGGAAAAACCCAUUGUCCUGAUGAAAGCCAGGGAAGAUGGAAAACCAGCAGCCCCUGCAGAGGGUGCCACCGCACCCCCUCCCACUGCAGUAGCAAAGGUGGAGAAAGAGGGACAGCGACCCACCCAACCAGUAUAUCAAAUACAGAACCGGGGCAUGGGAGCCGCAGCAAGUGCCAGUGGCAAUGUGGAUCCUGUGGUUGGGCAGGCCAAGCUGCUGCCACCUCAGAAGAUGAAACACAGCAUCAAAUUGGUGGAUGAAUACAUGAACUGGUGUGACAGCGCUAUUGAGUUCCUGCUGGACCAGACAGAUGUCCUUGUGGUUGGCAUCCUAGGAUUGCAAGGCACAGGAAAGUCCACCCUGAUGUCCCUGUUGUCAGCAAACUCUCCAGAUGAUGACCAAAGGUCUUACGUGUUUCGGAUGCAGAGCCAGGAAGUGAGGGAAAGAGCUGGGAACCAGACUAGCGGCAUUGACUUCUUCAUUAGCCAGGAGAGGAUCAUCUUCCUCGAUACCCAGCCAAUUCUCAGUCCAGCGAUACUGGAUCAUCUGAUCAAUAAUGACCGAAAACUACCCCCAGAAUACAAUCUCCCCCACACCUAUGUUGAGAUGCAGUCUCUGCAGAUCGCUGCCUUUUUGUUCACGGUUUGUCACGUUGUCAUCGUUGUACAGGAUUGGUUCACAGACUUCAAUUUAUACCGCUUCCUUCAGACAGCCGAAAUGCUUAAGCCAUCAACUCCCUCCCCCAGUCAUGAGUCAAGUGGCUCUUCUGGCUCUGAUGAAGGCAUUGAGUAUUAUCCACAUGUAGUUUUCGUGCAAAAUAAAGCCAAGAGGGAGGAUUACUGUCCCCGCACCUUAAAGCAGAUGCACACAGUCAUUGAUAAACUCAUGCUCCAUUCACACCUGCGAUACAAAGGCACUCUUUCCAUGCUGGACUGCAACAUCUUCCCAGGUCUGCCCUAUGACUUUAUCGAGUCAGAAGUUAACUUAUUCUUGAUCCCGACCAUGGAGAGUGACGUGGAUGAGACAAUAUCCAGGGCAGGCACCAGUGGAAUCCCUCUCUUCUCCCUCCUGCCGGCAUACAAAGGGCAUCCCAGUUUUCAUUCCCUGAUCAGCAGACUGCGCAGCCAGAUCAUGUCCAUGUCACGCCCUCAGCUCUCUCACACCAUCCUGACCGAAAAGAACUGGUUCCACUAUGCUGCCCGAAUUUGGGAUGGUGUAAAGAAGUCAUCAGCACUUUCGGAGUACAGCAGGUUACUGGGCUAAUGUUAUACUCUGAAGAAUGGCUGCAGUAUCGAAAUGGCCUGCUGCUGGUUAAGGAAAGACUGGCCCAGCUAAAGAGGCGCAGUAUCAAGAAAGGAUCGAUUUCCUUGGCAUUCAUGUUGUCCUAUGCGAGGUGAUGGGAUCAGGAACGAUCCUGAAGGAGCAAUUGUUCUUAGGCCCUUUGUGUUUUGGGAGACCAUAAGGGUCCGUGUUUGAAAUGGCACUGAGGAAACAAAUAGUUGUUCCUAUUUUGGAGAAGAGCUGUAGGGGUCCUUAACUUGUUUAUCUAGCCUCAUGGUGGACUACACCUUGCAACAAAGCCCUGUAUCCCUAAAAUGAAGUCAGAAGAAGAGAAUGUGAAUAUUUAGCAGCACAGAGAAAGCGAAGGGGGAACGUGUGCGACUGUGAGCAGUGCAGUAAGUGUUGGGUGUGAAGCGUGUCAGACACUGCAGACAACAAGCACAGUGCAAGGAACCUCAAUUAAAGUUGCUGUUACAGAAAGGAUCAAUGUUUUUGCUUUUGUCUAUGGUGGCUGGAUGUUCUGAAGACAUUUAUUCCAUACAUUGCACUCAGGUGAGGGAAGUUUUGUUUUCUGCAGUACUCCUAAUAAUGACCAGCUUGCUCGGACCAAAGCUCACUGAACCAAAUCCUAUCUUUACCAGCUGCCAGAUCCCUUUCUGUGCAGUGUUUAUAUCAUGUAGAAGUUGCAAGUCUCUCUCUGAAAUAAGAUACAGGGAUAUCUGCCUUUAUGGCAGAGCAGAGAGUAGAACUUUACAAUGUUCACUGGCUUAUCUUUAUUCCAGUCCUGUCUGUUGUUUACUCUUCUUAUCACAUUACCUUUCCAUCUUGAUACAAUGCUAACAAAAUGUUCCUUGUUUUUGAGUGGUACUGUUAAAGGGGAACUCCACUAAACAACAUUUUGAAUAAUAAUUUCAAACAACUUUGCAAUACACAUCAUUUAAAAAAUAUGCAGCCUUUUCAUGUAAUAAUAUGGUUUGAAACAGUUCCCUAAGCCCCGCCCCCUGUUCUGGUGAUCUGUCGGACUACUUUGUGACUCAAAUAAACUGUAACAGUAGUCGACUUUCCUUAGCCUGCCUUCAGCCUGCAUCCUCCCAAUCCCACAAUUCCCUGCACACGUGAUGUCAAUAAGGAAAGGAACAUCAUAGUGCAAUGCAUUGUGGGUUAUGUAGUUCCUGCAUGCUGUCUGUAAGCUGGGGAGAGGUUCUUCCCAUUUGUAGCAUCAGUGUUUUAGUCCCUCCUCCCCUGCCAGGGUUUCAAAUGAUGCAGAAAGAGAAGAUCUGUUUUGCAGCUGGAUUUCAGCAUAUACAAAUGGUAUUUAUUCAUAAUUCUUGAACAGAUUACAGAGAUAUGUAUAUUAUGGGUUUCAGUGUUGUGUGGGGCUCUUUUGGUUCGGAAGCCAGAUGGGCUUCCGACAUAAAGUCCCAGUGGUUUGUGGAUUAUACUUUAUUUUUUUGUAUAUAACAACUUUAACUUACAGCGGAAUACUGGUCUUUCCACAACUUUAUAAAUAGCUUUCCAGCCUUGCGAUAACAAAAUAAGGUGUUUGGUCGAGGACUCAUUAUAAAAAAAUGUGGCAGCUCCAAGGACAAAUAAUCACUGAUAUGUUUCUAAUUCUAUCCACUGUAUGUGGGAGAUUUAUCAAGAUUUGAAAAGUAAAUCAACAUUGGUAAAUACCAAAAAAACUCAGUCUGUUCAAGAGUAGUGUUUUUCUAGUAGUUUGAGCAUCUUGACCUUAGAUAAAUCAGUAUAUGAAAGCUAUGCUGCAGUGUAAAAUAGGACAAUGACAAACUGAGCUACUUGUGGGCAACUACUUGGUUCAGCUACAACAAAGACAAUACUGAUUAUUGUCUCUACGUGUGUUUUUAGCAGAGACCAUUCUUAGUAAUGUCUAUGGCAGGGUUUUUUUUUUAUUUGGCAUUUUGUAGCUGCGACAAGUAGCACCAUGUGUCAUAGACAUAAAAUGCAAAUAAAAUGGCUGACACACA